AUGUUUAAACACAGAGUUUGUUCAUAUAGAGAACUUCCUCUUCGUUUUGCUGAUUUUGGGGUUUUGCAUCGAAAUGAGGCCAGUGGUGCCCUAAGUGGAUUAACACGUGUUAGGAGAUUUCAGCAGGAUGAUGCACAUAUUUUCUGCAGGGAGUCCCAGGUUAAAGAUGAAGUGAGAAAAGCCUUGGACUUCAUUGAUUAUGUCUAUCAAAUAUUUGGUUUCACAUAUGAACUGAAACUUUCAACGUUGAAAUUUCAUUUGCACCGUGCUCAAGUUAGAAUGAAACCUUUAGCUGAUGCUCACAGGAAUGAUGUAGUUUCAACUAGAAUUGGAGAGGUGGCUUACAAGCUGCAGCAACCAGCCACAGCAAAGACACACCCUGUCUUCCACGUGUCUUUGCUUAAUAAGGCAAAGGGGAGUUAUGAUGUUGAGAAAGAGCUGCCUCGAAGCUUGGACAUUGAUUUAUCUAGUACUUCGGAGCCAAUUGUGGUUUUAGCGGCACGGGAGGCGUAUGCAGGAUCACAAAUAUUGCAGAGUAUAAUCCUACUCUCGACAGGCACGAAUAAAGGCGGAGGGUACUUUGCCCCGAAAUGGCUAUUCUUAUGUAUGUACAUUGGCCUCACUGUUAUUUGGGCAGCAUUGAACACAUUUGCGUUAGAAGUUAUCGCCUUCAUCGAUAUAAUUUCAAUAUGGUGGCAGGUUAUUGGUGGAGCAGUGAUAGUUAUAAUGUUACCUCUAGUGGCACUAACUACACAAUCAGCUUCAUAUGUAUUCACAAACUUUGAAUUAGCACCUAAUACAACAGGAAUAUCAAGCAAACCGUAUGCGGUGAUUCUAUCGUUUCUUGUGAGCCAAUAUUCCCUCUAUGGAUACGAUGCUGCAGCGCAUCUAACCGAAGAAACUAAAGGCGCAGACAAGAACGGACCUAUUGCAAUACUAGGUAGUCUUGCCAUCAUUUCAGUAUUUGGUUGGGCUUAUAUCUUGGCACUCACAUUCAGCAUUCAGGAUUUCGCUUAUCUUUAUGAUCCAAACAAUAAGACUGCUGGAGCAUUUGUGCCAGCACAGAUAUUGUAUGAUGCAUUCCAUGGAAGAUAUCACAAUUCUGCAGGAGCAAUAGUUCUACUAUUUAUAAUUUGGGGUUCUUUCUUCUUUGGUGGACUUUCAAUCACCACAAGCGCUGCCAGAGUCGUUUAUGCACUGUCAAGAGAUAAGGGAGUGCCGUUUUCGUUCCUAUGGCGAAAAUUGCAUCCAAAGCACAAGGUUCCUACAAAUGAUGUAUGGCUAUGUGCAGCAAUAUGCAUUCUUCUUGGUCUACCAAUAUUGAAGGUGAAUGUGGUAUUUACUGCAAUAACUUCAAUAUGCACAAUUGGUUGGGUUGGUGGUUAUGCAGUUCCAAUAUUUGCAAGAAUGGUAAUGCCUGAGAAGAAUUUCAAGGCUGGACCAUUUUAUUUGGGAAAGGCAAGAAGACCAAUUUGUUACAUUGCAAUCCACACAAUGAUUGAAGAAGCUGAAGCACAGUGUGCUUUGUUGAACUCUGAAUCAUUAUGCGAUGGAUGUUUCAGUUCAGAUUCAGAUAUAUUUCUCUUUGGUGCAAGGACAGUGUACAGGGAAAUCUGCCUUGGAGAUGGUGGAUAUGUUGUAUGUUAUGAGAUGGCAGAGAUUGAAAAUAAACUUGGAUUGGGACGGGAUUCAUUGAUUGCUCUCUCUUUGCUUCUCGGCAGUGACUAUCAUCAAGGAGUUCAUGGUUUAGGUCCGGAGUUAGCUUGUCAGAUAGUAAAAUCAAUUGGGGAGAAAGAUGUUCUAAAAAAAUUUGCUUCUGAAGGACUUGGAUGGGUGAAAAAAAGAAAAGGAGCUAAAAAUAAUAUAGGAAAGGACGAUACCAUUUUACAAGUGAUUGAUGCUUAUUUGAAGCCAAAAUGCCACUCAGCUGAUUCAGACUUUGUGCUCAAAAUUUGUGCUCCGAGUCAUGUCAUUAGUCUUAGUCAAGAAUUGGUAUAUGCUACCUCUUGGAUGAAAAUUUGGAAGUUGUUUGAAAUGCUGAUUGUUGGUUCAUGA